AAAGCGGAGAACGGAGAACGGAAGGCGGAGGGCGGAAGACGGAGCCUAGACGAGGUUCGUGGCUAAGACAGCAGUCAGCAAGUAUUGACGUUCAACGUAUAAAUGUUUUGAUUAUAUCCUUCCUAGUUGGACAUGAUACCAUUGAAAAAUAAAAGAAACAUCCAUUUACUCACUCAUCGAUCCAAUUAGCAGAACAUGUCGGCCUUCAAGAACGUUGCCAUUAUUGGUGCCAGCGGAAACAUUGGCAAGAUCAUAUUAGAAGCAUUGCUACGUGCUCAAAUCUACUCUGUUACAGUGAUAACGCGAGUUGAUAGCGAUGCAACUUUCGUAACUCCCAAUGUGUAUCGAUCGGACUUCAGCGAAGGUGAUCUCGUCGAUGCCUUUCGUGGCCAAGACGUAAUUAUUUCCGCUGUUGGAGCAGCAGCUUUUGACGAACAGCAGAAGAUCAUCGAUUGCGCUCUUGCAGCUGGCGUCCGUCACUUCAUGCCCUCUGAGUUCUCCGCGAGCAGUCAGGAUGAAGCUGUCAACAAGCUGCUCCCUCUGUUUUCCAAGAAGGCUGAUUUGAUCACGUAUCUCCGAGAACAGGAACCCAAAGGGCUUUCGUGGAGCGGUAUUGCUACAUCUGGACUGCUAGACUGGGGCUUAUUGAACGGCUUUCUGGAAUUCGAUAUCCCAAACAAGCGCGCCACCGUUUGGGAUGACGGCAAUAAAUCGUUCACCAUGACCAAUGAGAAGCAGCUUGGUGAUGCUGUUAUCGCAGCACUCAAACAUUGGGACCAAGUGUCGAACCGCUACAUCUACGUUGCAUCUGUGGAAACUACACAAAACAAAAUCGUCGAGGCUUUGGAGAAAGCCACAGCUUCGAAAUGGGAUAUUCUUCAUGUGAAGACAGAAACGCAAGUGCAAGAAGCCACCAAACAGCUCACCAAUGGCGAUUACAGCGGAGCUCUUACUCUGGUCCGGGCGACUGUUUUCUCAAACAUUCCAGGUUUGAAAUCCAAUUAUGCCAAGGACGAGGUCUUGUCAAAUGACGUGCUUGGUCUAGAGAUGGAAGAGAUUGAAGAAACUGUACAGAGGAUUUUGUAACGAGAUGCUACUAAGAAAGCUCA